GAACGGAAUAAGUUGCAAUAGGAUGAAAUUCAAAUUGUUUGACAAAUUGAAGAAAGCUUUAAAGCCUAAGGAGUAUGCUGCUGCUGUCAAGCUCCAAACGUUUUUUCGCGGCAUUUUAGCCCGUGCCCGUGUGAGCAGAAUGGUGAACAAAUUGAUCACAGAUAUUCUGAUCAGAAGGGGUGAAUUGCCACCAGAUUUUUACGAGCAGGAAGAGAAAAGAAAAGAAGAGGAGAAGAAGAAAGAAGAGAAAAAGAAAGAAGAGGAGAAGAAGAAAGAAGAGGAGAAAAAGAAAAGUGCGACAAAGGGUCGAGGCGCAAUGCUGGAGAUACAAAAGGGAUCAGUGAAAGAUUUGACGUUGAAAUUUGACAAGAAUCCUCCAAAACCACGCGAGACAGCAUCUUCUGAAGCAUGUCCUGUGGAAGAAGAACCGCCAUCAGAGCCAAAAAAUUCUAUCUAUAAAUCAUUUCGCUGUGAGCACAAUGCGACGAAACACGUCAUUUCCUCUGAAGAUAUUCUCAAUGAGCAAGCGGUGAGUUAUGUGUGUGUAUUUGUUGAAGUCGGAUAGGAUGGCUUUGAAUAGGAAGUCUCAAUGAAACUCUUUCGUCACUUUCUCCGUCGGUAAAUUUCUUCCUAAAACCUGCAGCGACGAUUGAACGAAGAGAUAGAACAUCUAUUGCUGGACAUCAAACGGAUAGGAGAAAAAGGGAAGAAAUCCGUCAAAUUUGGUGAACUGUUUGACGAUGACGACGUAGCAAAUUACUACGAAGCUUUGGUUGGAACCUUGAAGGCCGCAAAAAAGAAAGGACUGAUCAGUUA